AUGACCAUCGCUUUGGUAAUAUUUACCUAUCAAGAGGUUCCUGGCGAGGGAGUACCUGACUGUUGGGCGACCUUUGAAGGCGAAUGGGGAAUACAGACCUAUGUGAUAUGGUUCAGUAUAUCCAUCUUCAUAAUACCCCUCCUGGUGCUGGUAUACACCUAUUCCUGUAUAUGCAGAGAAAUCUGGCAGAGUUCCGAAUCCAGUCUAAGACCACGCAGCUCCCAAAGAUCCGCACACAACAGAAGGACCCCUUUCAUCUCCAGGGCGAAGAUUAAUACUGUUAAACAAACCAUUGCCGUUAUCGUUAUGUACAUAAUUUGCUCGACGCCAUUCAUAGUAGCUCAAAUCUGUGCAACGAUAUACCCAGAUAGUCCGUUUUAUGAUGGUCCAGUGUACACUUUCUUAGCUUUACUAUUCAGUCUCAACAGCUGCGUGAAUCCUUGGAUUUAUCUGGCAUUCAACAGGGAACUGCCAAGACUGCUUCUUAGACAUUACACCGCCCACACUAAGAAUUACAGGACAGCAGCUGGAGGUAACAGCCCCAGCAACUCCUCCGGCGACGUCCAAACUACCUCGCUGCGGCCCUUCUCCCGAUGGUCACGAAGCUCCAAAUACCCCAACCGCAUCUCUGCCCGCCCCCACGUAACCCAGUAUAAUAACCAGCGUUGGGUCGUGACGGCCACCUGAAAUUUGGAGAAGGGUGGGUACUGUUACCGCCCUGAGGCCGAAAACGACGACAUAUCCGGGUCCUCACUGGUGGAGCUCAGCGAGCUUACUACCGAGUUCACCGAUGUAGAGAUUAACGAAUCUGUGAUUUAGACUGUAAGAUAGGU